AUGUCAAGUGUUGCACUCAUAUUUGAUGUUAUCUUCUCAUUUUUAAUAACACUUAUUUUUCUCUAUCGUUGUGGAAAUUAUCGUCGACAACAUCCACUUACAACUGUAGCUGUUUAUAUUUCAUGGGCUUUUUCAGUUCUUUUUGUGUUUCUUCUACCAUUGGAUAUUUCACUAGUAAAUAUUUAUUUAUUAAUAGAUAAUUAUCGAUGUGAAGCUAUAACGACGGAUUUAUGUCGAUCAAGAAAUGCUUUACACUUGGGCUUUACAGAUCAGAGCUAG